AUGCUAGAGGCUUUGUACCAAGACCCCGCAUGGGGAUCCCCUAUGUAUGUAUUCACAGACGCGGGUCCAAAGGAUGCUACAGAGUACGACAUCGAAGAAGUAAAGGCCUUGGCAAGCGCUGAUGAAUAUGGCGUGACUAUCAACUUUUUCACUACUGGUAGGAUUCCUGUGGAGACGGUCUUAUGGGUUCGUCACACGUUCCUGUCGCGUGACGAGCCGAAAGGCAUUCUGUGUGAAAAGCUAAUAGGAUGUUACCCAAACUUGAUUGCUUUGUUAACAGUUCUUUUUACUUCCAAUGUUUAACAGUUUAACCCUUAAUUCUUUUAAUGAAGGUAUGCUAACCAACUUUAAAAUCAUUACUGGUUGAAUGUCCUAAGAGACGGUCUACUGAAACCUUGGCCUUGAAAUAUUUCCCUUGUUCGAUGUCAAUGUACCCUUUUUUUGGCAAAAAGUAUUACGCUGUAAUUUUCUGCACGGAAGUCUGAAAAGGCCAAAAGGCCCAAAAAAAUUUCCUCUGGUGUUGCUCAAACUAGGCGAAUUCCUGGUAUGUCUUCAGGUCAUUUCUCUUGACUUGAAAUCUUGAUUUAUAAUUAGGUGUAUUUAAUAUGGUUAUACUGGCAAUAUAAUGCUAGAGGAAGUGUCCUAGCUUUGAACUAGCAUGCUGUCCAGUGUCCAAGGAAAUAAUGCCCCAGGCGUUCAGAUCGGGGGGAUGUCGCAGAAAGAUGUGUGCAGGAAUAACAGCGAGGGGGUAGGGUAGUAGGCGGUAGGGGUUCCCCUCCCUCUCUCCCUUCCUUUUUUCCCCACUCUGACUGCGCGCUGCACUCUACUAUCUUAAACCCCUGGAACAAGCUACGGAGAAGUAAAAAAUCUUCUUUAUUUUUAAAAUAUAGGCUUCUGCACUAGUCAGGGUUACGAUGGAAGAGAUCCAAGAAACCUUCACCCGGCUUUCCGCGAAUUAGCUGAGUUUACUUCCGGGCAGGCCAUCCUCCUCAAAGACCAGUGGGAGCUGGAACAACUCAACAAUUUGACGAACGGUGUGCUGCAAGGUGACAAUGUGGUGAGCUUUGGAUCGAACAAGUCGAACAGGAAGAAACGUAGUGUAAGGGGAGCGGAUAGCCGGUACAGUAUUCCAGUAGAUGACUCCAUCGAAGAAAUGACUGUCACCGUAACAACCACGCGGAUAGAUACCAAAGGUUUGUGAUGGUUCAUUUAAUUUUGGGUAAAAAGGAAGUGAAGAUAAGGGGCUUUCUUUUCAGCGUCCAAUAGGAGUUCUUUGAGCAGGCGCCCGCGUAAUAGAGCCUUUAGGCACUGUCUUUCUUCAUCUCCCAUGCUAAGUUCAUUUAGCUGAGCUCAUUUCUCUAACAGAUCAAUCUAACUCGUCCCCAGUUUACCUCUCUUUUUCUUGUCCCCUGGAGCAUGAAGGGACUGGAAGAAGAGAGCGCCUGGUAACGAGAUUUGAAAGAUCUUUAUGAGUUCUCAACACAACAUUAGUUCAAGUUAAUGAAAACAAAAAACGUUAUUGUAGGAGCUAAGAGUUUUAUGCUAACUCUCUCCUUCUCAAAGGUCGCCUGCCGUGCCACUCGGAGGGGGGAAACGAAAUCACUUUUUUUUUUAAUUUCUUAGUGUCCCCAGUAUACUUUACUAACAUUUACAUCGUUUAUUUCCUCUCAGGGCGAGGAAUAACGUUACAAGACCCAGAUAACAUCGUAAUUCCUGGCAAAGUAGGUCUUUCCCAGAUCUCCAUCUUUGAGAUCCACAACCCCAAGAGAGGAGCCUGGACCCUAACUGUGUCUGGCGGAAAUGGUGGCCAUGAGUUUUUUGUUAAGUCAAGCAGUGCCACUAACGUAGAUUUUGAACACUACUUUCUGGUUGAAAUGCCAGGUCGCGGGAGGCGAAUGGUUGAAGUACCCACUUCCAAUCCAAUAAUUGGUAAGUCGUUAAUAUUUUUUUGUUGCGCGCGGAAAUUAGAGGUUAAAGGAAACGUCCGUUAAACAUCAGGAUGGCAUGAAGAAACGGGUGACUUUCGUUGAUGAGGUUACAAAAUGUAGCAUAAAAAAAUAAGUUUUGCGGUCCUUAUAGACUGUGAGCUGUCUUUUUUUUGUUGUUGUUUGCUUGAAAAUCUGUGGGAGCGCGAGCGCGCCGGAUAAUGCGAGUGUUCAAGGUGUGCGAGCGGGCAGCAAGUUGUGCGGGUUUUCUCGUACUGGCGCCCGCAGAGCACGCAGAGCACGCACAACUCGCUGCUCGCGUUAUCGCGGGCACGCUCCCACAGAUUUGAAGCAAAAAAGAGACUGCUCCCAUUCUACUAGCCAGCGAACAGCCGACGCAUUUCCGGUCGUCGCUUCUCUCCCUCUGAAAAAUAGCAAUUUUUCGGAGGGAGAGAAGCGACGACCGGAAAUACGUCUGCUGUUCGCAGGCUACCAUUCUACAGUCCUACUUACCAUUCAGACGAAACCUCUUUGGCCAAAUACUUUCAAAUGGUGUCAGUAUUUUCCAAGACGAAUUCUUGGGUGCUCUUGGGAGUGAAGAAGUUAGAUGAAUAACAGUGUUUUUUUUUCUGUAUUCCUAAAGGGAAAUUAAACAAAAUGGUCAUCACUUUGGCUGGAUCAGAGAAAGUAGAUACCAGUUCCCUGCGACUGCAACUCAUAAACACGGAAGGGAACCUCAUCCGUGAUGUGGCCCUUCAAAGUCGGUCAGGUGACCGCGUCCAUUUUACCGCCAUCAUAACUCCCGCUGCAUCAAAGCCGUUCUUUAAGCUAAAGCUCAAAGGGAACACGCAAAGCGGUAACCCAUUUGAGAGAAUUUCCCAUCAAGUUAUUAAGCCCACCACUGCUGUUCUAAGGGCCAAGAGGGCCAGUAAUGAUUACACUCUCCCUCUAAGGAGAAACACGUUUAUUCAUUUCCAGCUGUGUAACUUUGGCAACACCGAAAUUUUUAACGUUGCUGUCGUAAAAGAUAGAUUGCGUUACAUUGACCGUUCUAGGCUUCCGAGCCCUAAACGCGUGAUAAAAGGGCGUUGCGUGACUAUCGCUGUUCGCGCCCGAGCUACUCGUCAAGAGGACGUGGAAACCACAGAUUCUGUGUUUGUCAUCGCAAAAGGAAACAGUUCAAGCGUUGUUGUUUCGGAAACAGUGCGUUUAUUUGUGGUGUCGUAGACAAAAACAGAAAGCACUUCUAGCAAACAAAC